AUGUCACAAGACCUUCGAGACUUUUUAGAUCGUACAAAAAAUUUAAGAAAUUCCAUGGUAAAACGAGCUGAUCUUAUUGCUUCAAGUCCUACAACUGUUUCAUUAAACACAAAUUAUGACGAAUUAGAGCUGCAAAUAAACAAACAUCUUGAAAAAGCUUAUUGCUUAUCACUAAAUCAAGAUUUCUCACUUUUGAAGCAUCCAAUUUCAAAAUCAGUAAGUGCAAGAAGCGACGAAAAGCCUUCACAAGUGGAAAAUUUUAUUCCUUUUGGUUAAAUUUGGCUUAUUUUAGUCAAAAUUUGUUAUUAAUUUUAAUUAAAAAUAGCCUUACUAUACUAUUAGAUAGGCGAUCAAAAGUGAAUAGGGAUUAGAUUGCAAAGACUUGCAUAUUCAAAGAAAGCCAAAGCUUCAAGUGCUGAUAUUUAUGACUUUUUGUCAUCUCAGCCAAUUAUUAAACCUAUAAAACUCAAACUUCCAAAAGUGAAAAAUCCUUAUUUGUCACAAAUGAGCCCUAUUCCGAGAUAUAAGAGACCAAAAAAGAUUCAAUUAAUUGUGGAUAAAACACUACCACUAUUAAAAAUAUCAAGGAUAGAAAAAGCCUAUGCUAAAGACCAGAAAUUAGUCUUAAAUUAA